CUUCCCUGGCGGGAGUCUGACCAAAGCAAUUACAAAAGAAACAGCUUUAAUUGGUCGUACGGUUUUGGAGAGCUGAAGUCCAUGAUGACUGAGCAAAAGCAUGGCAUCAGGAACAGCUAAGAGCUGGCACCUCGGACUGCAAGUAGGAGACAGAGAGAGAAUGCUGGGAGUGACUGGAGUCUUUUAAAACCUCAAAGUCAGCCCCCCAGUGACACACCUCCUCCAAGGCCACAUCUCCUAAUCCCCCCCAAACAAUUCUCCACCGAUUGGGAACCAAGUAUUCAAACCUGUGACCCAUCUUUAUUCAAAUCACCACAUAUCACAACUUUCUCAAUAUGCCUGUGCUUCCCGAAUGCUGGGAUCACAGUGUGCACCACCACAUCUGCCCUUAUGGUGGAUUUAAACAAAGCCCAGGCUUACCAAGCAUGAGGAAUGAGCAACCCUAGUCUCGCUGGUUUUAUUUGGGAUUCUGUCUUCCCCUUUGCAAACUUCACAAUUUAUUUUAAAAAGAACACUUUUUUUUGGAAACAAUAUUUAUAAACCAGACAAUUAUGAUACAACACAUAGGAAAUAUAGUUAAAAUUAGCUCUAGGGCAAAAGGCUUAUUAAAAAGUAUCUAAUUUGGGGCUGGCAAGAUGGCUCCGUUGGGUAAAGGCACUUGCCCCCAAGCCAGGCAACUUGAGUUCCAUCUCUGGAACCUAUGUGGUGGGAAGAGAGAACUGACCCUUGACUGUUGUUCUCUGACUUCCAAAUGCAUGCUACAAUGUGUUCCCCUCCCUUCCUUCCUCUCCUUCCCGAAAACACACACACAGUAAAUGGAAAUAUUUUGAAGUGUAUAAUCUGAUUUGUGAGGGCACUGAUGUCAACUAAGUUUUACUUUUCUUCAAACUCGAUUUCCUAUCUAGUUUUACCUAGGACUGUUAGAAAUGCCCCACGUUUGGGUAUUCCACCCAGAGAACUGUUCUCGCGUGUGUGAAAUGCAGACAGGGUCUCGGGGAGAUUAGCUGGCCAUUCUGGGUGACCAGACUGACCCCACUCUGACGGUGCUCCACGACUCUAGAACCCUCUCCGCAUUGCUAGUCUCCUAAAGGUCCACACGGAGUGGGUGUCACUGGAGCCUCUCCACCGUGGUUCAUGUGUGAGCGUUGUGGGGGACACGGGCAAAAUCAAGGAUCCUAGCCAGAAGGCUUUCUUGACAGGUGUGCUGAGAAGACUUUAAAAGAGGACCGGGAAGAUGGAUUUGUCACAGCGAUAAAGCACCCUUGAGAGCUAGCGGACAGUCAUGAAAGAAUCUCAAACAACUGUCACAGCGCUUGGAUUGUUAUUUUUAAAGGGUCUUUGGUGGCUCUCAAAUGUCACAAAACAUUCAUGCUUUAUUCUGUCAUGUCUCCUUUCUUUCUAGAAUGGGGGGGGGGUGAGGGGAGGCGGGCUUCAGGCCCAGCAGGUUUCUGAAGGCAGAAGUCAUAGCGUUCAGGUGUAUUCCAAAGGUGCCGGUGGCCUCCUAAGCUAAGUCCUUCUAAUCGGCUCCCACUGUCUUGUCAACACAAUUCAGUUUUCCUAAGUGCAGCGAGUGGACUCAAGUACCAGAAUCAGAAAACAGCCUCCAUGAGGGACAGAGUGUUCCCUAAUUGAUUAGAGAGGGCCUUUGUCGUGCUUCUAUGGCUAUGGCUUCCAGGGCUAAGAACCAAGAAGUUUGUUAUAGCUCUGGGCAUGAGCUCAUAUCCACGCUGGCUUUAAGCUGAACAGUUAAUUAGUUACAACAUCAACAUCAAGACCGUUUUAAAAUUCUCAAGUGCGUUUACCCUUUUCCAGAAAACCCAUUAAAUAUUCCACAGGCCAUCAUUCAGAUUUCCCUGGGGAAGUGAUGGUGGACCAGCUGAUGUUGGUCAAAAUACCCGGUGCCUGGGAAAGAUAAGUUAAGGAGAGGGGCACGAAGGACACACCUGAAUUUGAAUUUCUUGACUUAGGUUUGAGAUGGGAACUCAAGCACACAAACUCUCAACUACCCCUACAGCCUCCGCUCCGACUAGCACUGCAAUUCCCAUUUUUUCAUGAAUUUUGCAACACAUCUUUUUAUGCGGUUUUAAGAGCUGGCAACGUCACAUCUCCUUAUAGGUAUUGGUGUAUCAUCUUACCUUUCUGUCAGCAAAGGCACAAUUCCUUUACUUUAGACUAACAACUCUUUGGGAACAAUUAGCAAGGAAAAGAAACAGCGAGCUACUUUGCAACCAGCAGGUGGCAGAGCCUCAAAGACCUGGAAGAAAGCCGGCGCGUACAAGAGCGCUGUCAGGUGCCCCGUGUUCAGGGUGGCCGCCACUCUGCUGUGGCUCUGAGGACAGCGGGGAGGUCCCGUCCAUUUCUUCCGUCCAUCUUCAGGCUAUGUGGCUGAGUCUCAGCGGCCCCGAGAAGUGCGGCUGGAGGGGAUUCGAAGUUCCGGAGACGCCCGUUAGCUGUGCUGGCUCGGGACGGGCGGGGGCUGAAGCCGGGGACCCCGACUCCUGACCCCGACUCCCCGACCCCAGGUUAGCUCCCGGCCCCGCGGCGGAGGCGCCCAGGAUAGCACUCGCGGACUCGGGCUGCCGUCUGCGGGGACCGAAGGCGGCACUCUUCGCGCGCGUCGGGGCCCCAAUCCUGAUUUUCAUUUCGCUCCAAGCUCAGAGCACUAAGUAGGCUCCAAACCGCACAAACAGGAAGGAGGGAGGGCCGGGAGUGCGGGCAGAGGGCGGGUCGUUCCCAGCAGCGCGGGCGGUCCCUCCCCUCCCGGGUCCCCGACCCGCGGGGCCAGGGCGGGGCGUGCACGUCAGCUGGGGCUAGAAAAGGCGGCAGCCCGGUCCGGCGAGGUGACAGCCCCACUCGGACGUCAGGCCGGGCCGACGCCGCCAUGAGCGCCGCGCUUUUCAGCCUGGACAGCCCCGCGCGCGGCGCAGCCUGGCCCACGGAGCCCGCGGCCUUCUACGAACCGGGCAGGGUGGGCAAACCGGACCGCGGGCCCGAGCCCGGGGAGCUGGGGGAGCCGGUCUCCACGGCCCCUGCCAUGUACGACGACGAGAGCGCCAUCGACUUCAGCGCCUACAUCGACUCCAUGGCCGCCGUGCCCACCCUGGAGCUGUGCCACGAUGAGCUCUUCGCCGACCUCUUCAAUAGUAACCACAAAGCGGCCGGCGCGGGCGGCCUGGAGCCGCUGCCCGGCGGCCCCGCGCGACCCCCAGGCGCGGGUGCAGCCGCCCGGGGCCCGCUCAAGCGCGAACCCGACUGGGGCGACAGCGACGCGCGGGGCUCCCUGCUGCCCGCGCAAGUGGCCGUGUGCGCGCAGACAGUGGUGAGCUUGCCGGCCCCGGCGCAGCCCACACCGCCCACGUCGCCCGAGCCCCCUCGGGGCAGCCCGGGGCCGAGCCUCGCGCCGGGCCCGGUCCGAGAGAAGGGCGCGGGCAAGAGGGGUCCGGACCGCGGCAGCCCCGAGUACCGGCAGCGGCGCGAGCGCAACAACAUCGCUGUGCGCAAGAGCCGCGACAAGGCCAAGCGCCGCAACCAGGAGAUGCAGCAGAAGCUGGUGGAGCUGUCGGCCGAGAACGAGAAGCUGCAUCAGCGCGUGGAGCAGCUCACGCGGGACCUGGCCGGCCUCCGGCAGUUCUUCAAGCAGCUGCCCAGCCCGCCUUUCCUGCCGCCCACCGGCGCCGACUGCCGGUAACGCGCGGCCCGGGCUCAGAGACUCCAAACGACCUAUACCUCAGCCCCCGACGGCCAGGAGCACACGCCGCCAGAGCCGCUGCAGUUUCGUUGCGAGCUACCGGAAGCUGCAGCUUGGACACUGGACUGCGAGAGAAGCUAUGAGUCUUUCCCCCUUAAAUUAUUUUUAUAAUGGUAGCGUUUUCUACGUCUUAUUACCAUCGCAGCUAAGGUACAUUUGUAGAAAGAGAAGACUUUCCGACAGACUUUUGUAGAUAAGAGGAAGAGACUGCGCAUGCUUUUUAUAUUCAUUUUUACAAUAUUUGUAAGAAUAAAGAAGCAUUUAAAUCGC